AUGGCCUCGUCUUCGAAACCCAUUCCUUUUAUCGAGGAAAAUUAUGGGCUCGCAUUCCACCAAUCAAUGCAACAACUCGUAGAUGAAAUACACAAAGAAACAUUAAAUUUGUCUCAUUUCAUCAAUGUAUUCUACCGAUUAAUGCAAUCGAAAGUUGAUCCUCCUAUAGAAACGAUCUGGAUCUACUCUGCUUUGUCCUUCAGGAGCCGAAAAAAAGCAAACCAGGAUCUUUCAGAUCAUAUUCUGAUUGUAAAGGAACUGUUUCAACUUAUUUCGAGAUGCUCAGGUCCGUGUAGUGCUUCGAAAAGCAUAGCAUUGCUAGCUCCUGUUGUUUUCCAAGUUUAUAAUUUGGUUGUUGAGUUAUUGGGCAAAGAUUUGGGAGCUAGGAGAGUGAAGAAAGCUGCUAAGGAGGCCAAGUCUUUGAUUGGGGAGAUUAUUGGAUAUGUAAGUGUGUGUUGUGGUAAGGAUGUCAGUAAGGAAAGUGAUUCAAAUUUGAGUGUAUCGUUUUUAGAUUUGGCUAGUCUCUGGAUUGAUGGGAACGACGGCUUUAAGGGUUUUUUACCUCUCACGAGCGAUGAGAUAUAUAAAGAGAUUAGUGUUGGAGGGUCAACAGUUGCAAACUUGGCUGGAGUUGUUAUUUCUGAGGUUUUCUUGUUGAAGCUAUGCUUGGAUUUACGAAUAGGGAAUCGAGGGGAAGCGCUGGAGAAGGAACUGAGAAGUUGGAUUGUUGGAUCAAUAACUGGGUUACAGAGCUUCUACUUCUUCGGUGAAUGGAUCCAUAGUUCUGAAGAUGAAAGUUUUUUGAGGAGAAUUCUGUAUGAUGCUGCUAUUUUGGUAGAAUAUUCUUUUCUCAGUCCUGAGAAAGCAGUUAAUAUAACAGCCAAUCACGUGAGAGAUCUAGCAGUGAAAAGAUUGAUAAUUACACAUGAAGCCCUAGAGCUUUUCAGAAAAAGUGGGGACCAAAAGAGAGCUAUUGCUUAUAGUAGUUCUUUCUCCAAUUCCGGAUUCCGUACCCAAAUUAUCCAGUAUAUCACAAGCCAGGUUGGCAUAGGGGAGGAAGCAAGUAGAUUGAAGGGAGCAUCACCUAAAGCCCUUAUAAAGUUUUUACUAAACCUUGAUGGUCAAGGCAUAAGGCUAUUUGAUGAUACUAUCUCCAAAUUCCAUGCCAAAUUAGCCUUUGAUGAUUCCAAGUCUGACUAUGAGCAACUAGCAUUUAAGCCAGGGGGAAAGAAAGCAGAUGCUGAUCUGUUUUACAUUGAUAACAAAGGAGAAGAGGAAAACCUUGGUGAGGAUGAUAAGGAGGUAAAUGAGUCCAUGAGCAAUGCCUUCAUAGCUUCUGCACAGAGAAUGAGAUUGAUGGAAAAUGGAGGAAAAAAACGGAAAGAAGAGAGAAACGCCAGAAAGAAGAAAAAGAUAAAACUUCUUAAGCAUACCCUCUCUGACACUUCUGAUUCAGAUGAAGAGAGGUCCACAUCUGCUAGUGAUGAUGAUUCAGGUAGUGAGAGUGAAGUUGAGAAUCCAACUUCUGAUGAAGAUGUUUAAAUAAAGGGGCAGUGUGUUUCCUUUAAGGGAAAAUAUUGACAAUCAUGUUGUAAUCACUUGAUUUUGCUUCAAAAUCGAUGUUUUACUGUGCACGAGCAUUUGCUGCAAUACUUCUUGCCCUUGUAAAGGAUUUGAAGUUGCAUCAUAGCCAUUCAUGAAUAGACAAUGCUGGAGUAUGCAUGAAUACAAUUUUUUCUCUUUACAAUA